UCAGCUGUCAAUUGUGUCGACUGCCGACGUUCAUGCUGGUUGGACGUGUUGCUUUGGUUUCUUCGGUCACAAUAUUCAAAGCACAUCGUUCAUGAGUUUCAUUCGUUCACGUCGGAGCUAAUAAGUCAAAAUGGGCAUCCUAGAAAAAAUAUCAGAAAUCGAGAAGGAAAUCUCGCGCACACAGAAAAACAAAGCCACUGAGUACCACUUGGGUCUGCUCAAGGCGAAACUAGCGAAAUAUCGAUCACAGUUGCUGGAGCCCAGCAAAAAGGGCGAAAAGGGGGACGGCUUCGAUGUCCUGAAGAGCGGAGAUGCCCGUGUGGCGCUGAUAGGUUUCCCGUCGGUCGGCAAGUCGACGUUGCUCUCGACCCUCACUGCAACCGAGUCAGAAGCUGCUAACUACGAAUUCACAACGCUCACCUGUAUCCCUGGCGUGAUAGAAUACAAAGGAGCGAACAUCCAACUGCUGGAUCUGCCUGGUAUCAUUGAAGGUGCUGCUCAGGGAAAAGGUCGUGGUCGACAAGUUAUUGCCGUCGCACGAACUGCCGAUCUCGUCUUGAUGAUGCUGGACGCAACGAAGCCCAAUGUUCACCGCGAUCUGCUCGAACGGGAGUUGGAAUCUGUAGGAAUUAGGCUCAACAAGCGAAAGCCCAACAUAUACUUCAAAAUAAAGAAAGGCGGCGGCCUGAGCUUCAACUCGACAUGCACGUUGACACGCUGCAACGAGAAAAUGGUGCAAACGAUCCUCCACUCCUUUAAAAUUUUCAAUGCCGAAGUUCUGUUCCGCGAGGACUGCACCGAGGACGAGUUCAUCGAUGUCGUCACAGCGAACCGCGUUUAUAUUCCGUGUAUCUACGUCUACAACAAAAUCGAUCAGAUCUCGAUCGAAGAGGUCGACCGGUUGGCCCGGCAGCCGUACACAGUUGUCGUCAGCUGCAACAUGCAUUUGAACUUAGACUACCUCUUGGAGACGCUCUGGGAAUACUUGGCGUUGAUCCGCGUCUACACAAAGAAACCCGGAGCACCGCCAGAUUUUGAUGAUUGCCUGAUCUUGAGAAGGGGUGUGUCGGUGGAGCAUGUCUGCCACGCAAUCCACAGGACGUUAGCGGCCCAAUUCAAAUAUGCCUUAGUGUGGGGAACUUCGACAAAGUACUCUCCACAGCGCGUUGGCAUCGGCCACAUUAUGCACGACGAAGACGUCAUUCAAAUUGUCAAGAAAUAAACCACGGACCGGGAGUAGGGGGUGAAGGCAGACUCCCGUUUGCGACUGUUGGCUUGCUGACUCAGAUUAUGGAAGCAUUCUGAUUUGCAUGUUUAUAAUUAUUUGUAAUCUGGCCGUUUCUUAUUAAAUAUCGAAUAUGAUUUACUGGAAGUUAA